AUGGCAGAAAUUAAUAAAAUUAAUCCGGAGGAGCGUUUGCAAAAAGAAUUAUUAAAAAUAUAUCUAUUUUAUAUUUCUGGAUUCAAAGAUAAACUACGUAUUAUUAAUCAAUGGAAAAUUUCAGAAAAGGGUAAAAAAUAUUUGAAGUUUUGUUGUUUAUUUGAAUUACAUAAACAACUUAAUCUGAUAGGCUAUUCUCUUCCUGUUCAAAAAAUGCCUCUCUAUAAACUUUUGCUUCUUCCGCUUUUAAAAUGCCAUGAUUUUUCAAUUGUUAGUUCAACUAUUAGGAGAACUUCUUUUCUUCAGCAAAGAAUCAAGAAUAAACUAUCUUUUAACUAUAUGUUCCUUUUUCAUCUUCAUUUUCCAGCUGUUUUAAAUGAAGAGGUUUCUAUUGUUUUAUACAACGAUAUUCUAAUUAUUUUCAAUUCUACAUAUACAUCUAUUGCGAAGACUAUGAAUGUAAAAGAAUUACAGACUUCACACAUUUGGAAAAGACAUGAUACAGAAUUACAUUUUAUGUAUCAGGACUUAAAAGGGAUUUGA